AGAAUACCUCCUUCCUUUAAACCUCAAAACUCUUCUAUUCUCUUGAUUUUCUUCAUUCUUGAAUCCUGCGGAACUCCUCCUUCAAUUAGCCCCAAUAAUCUACAACAACUGGUUUUGUUCAUGAACUCGUUUUGCAAGUCAACCCUAUUAUCUUCAAGCUAAUCGUGUUUUUGGGCAUAUCCAAGGGUUUACAAGCUGCUACUGUAUCUUCUCCAUCUUCUUCAGAAGCUGGCAUAACAAUGUCUAUGCUCAAGGGGAAGGCAGGUUUUGUUAUUCCUAAAAACAAAUUUUCAGGUUCACUAGUUCCCAUUUUCAAAGGUAGUAAAAAGUCCGAGAGCAAUGAUGCUGUGACUGAAGAAAGUGGUAGACAGCUGCAGAGGAAGACAAAGUGGGGUCCUGAUCUUAGUCAGGAUGCUUCUGUUAAGAAGGGAAGAGUUUUAGCGUAUCAGGUCGAUCGAAGCCAUGGUUGGAGGAGUCAUUGGAAGCCAUUUUUGGAGCUUUUUAUGCGGCUGAGAACAGAGACUCGAGUGGAUCAAAUCACGGAACAACUGAAAUCAGGAUCAUUAGGAAGUGAUAAUCAAAGCUCAAAAUCAGAUAGAGAUGGUCCAGAUAGCGAACUUCCAAGUAUGCAGAUUGAGUUUAAGAAGUUGCAAACAUUGGAACUGGAAAGACGAGAAGCUAUAGGGGAAAUAAUGAAGCUGAAUCCUAAUUACAAAGCCCCGUUUGAUUAUCAUCCUGUGGUGAGGGAAGCUAAAGUUCCUAUACCAGUAAAGGCACAUCCUGAUUACAACUUUCUUGGUCUCGUAUAUGGUUCUGACGGUGAAACCCAAAAAAGAUUGGAAAAGGAAACUGGAACCAGAAUACUAGUUUGUGGCACAAAAUCAGAGACUAAAGAAAAGGUUGAAAUCACUGCGUCUGAUGGAAAUGAGCUUUUACAUUCUUGUGACGAGGUAUAUGUUCAAAUAUCAGGAGACACUUAUGAGAAAGUUGAUGCUGCAGCUGCAUUGAUUGAACUGCUACUUAACUCGGUCAAAUCUGCUGCCUCCACGACUUUGUCAUCAUCCGGAGAUAAUGUUCAAGGUCUAAGUGGGGCUCAGGACAUAGCUACAAGCAGUACUUCCAUGGCCAACCAAGAAUUACUACCUGGUGCAGGACCCAUGUCAACUUCUUCUCUCGGUCCUUUCCAGUCAUUUCAGAGUGCAUGGUUACCAGCUGGGCAAGCUAACACAACUUCUGGGUUUGUACCUCUUUCUGGCUCUAUGGCUAUCCCAUUCAAUCCCUCGCUCACACGUCCUUUACUUAGACCUGGGCCUCCGGCUCCCUUUGGAUUUAGUUCAGCUCAUCAAAGUGCUCCUCCAAGAUUACCCACAUCAGCACCAGAUAUGUCGGGCUCGUUUAUGCCUUCUCCUGUAGGACAAGCUGGCCAUUUCAGAAACCUUUCCGGUGCUGUACCUCCAUUUCCGCCAGCAGGUUCACCUAGGUUCCCCACUCCGCAACUUGCUGAACGACCCAUUACCUCCAGCUCUCCUGGGUGGCUAGUUUCUCCAACUGGUGCUCAGCAAUCUCUAAUUUCUGGCAGCUUUCCAAUAGGUGCAUCACAGGGAUCCAUUGUAUCUCGACCAGUUGGAGCUUCAACGACUACUGCAUUUCCUUCUCAACUAGGACCUGGUUCGUUGACAUCGUUUAUGCCUUCACAAAUCCGGUCUUCCUCUCCCAUGUCUGUUCAGCCCAUUGUACUUACGCUUCAAGGUCAGCUACUUCGUCCAUCUACAAAUACCUCAUUGAGGCCGACGCAAAAUCCCUCAACUCAUCCACCGAGUUUCACUCCUCUUAAACAUGUGGGUCCAACACCCUCAGGUCCGACAAUUCCGGGUCCUAAUGACUUCACUUUCCAACCCCUCCGACUACACGGACCGUCGUCGCAGUCUCUUUCUGGACUAGGUUUGCGUUUUGCAUCACAAAGACCUGCACGAGUGGCAUUGCAUUCUGCACCUCAAGGGCCAUCAUUCCGUCCUCCAUUGCAAAUUUCAUCAUCACAGCUUGUCAGACAAAACUUAGCCGGCCCACCUAUUGGCAACCAAAUGGGCCCACGUCCUGGCCAAUUUGGAUCUCCGAAUCCAAAUCCUCGCAUGGGGCCUAGACACUUCAGUUCUGUUCCAGAUGUCGGCAGUUCUUUCCCGCCCGCAGUAGGACACUCACCUCAAUUUCAGCAACGCUUUCCUGCACCUCCUUUGCGGCGACCAGGAGGAAAUUUUCCUGCAACUAUGCGUCCCGCACCAUUUGGCAGACCACAAAGCUAUGAUCCUUUUGCCCCAACUUCUAUAUCUACUGCUCAGCCACAGGGAAGCAACAUUGGAAUUGCAAGCAAGCAGGAAACAGAUCCUGAAUAUGAAGAUCUAAUGGCAUCUGUUGGAGUCAAAUAAUUCAUACCGAGUCUGUACCCGAGUUGUUUUACUCAAAACCGUACGAAUUGGUCAGAGUCGAAGCCCAAUGGAUGCCAUGCUUAGAGUUCAAGUUUUGCUUAUCUACUCUGAUGCGCUCUUAAAAUUAUAGUUGGAGGAUUUGUUAGACUUGAUCAUCUGCGUAUUCUGGUUAGUUUAGAGAUGGACGAUAAAUGUAAUAUGAUGUGAUACUUGAACAUUGAUCUACGGCAUCAAUUUUGGGGUUUUAGUUGAUUUUUAUCCGAUGUUUGGUUUUUUCACUAUUCGUUACUACAUCACACACGCUAAUGUAGUGAUUUUAAUGGUAAAUAGGAGUGUCAGGCGGGCGUGAUUUUAACUAUAUUUGUGAUUGUAAUU